UAAAGUAUUCUCUGAAGUCACCGGAGCAAUACUCACUGAACUGAGAAAACACAGCCUGAGAGAGGCAGCGAUUCUUAGAAUAUUAGUUUCAGCUGUUAAGAUACGGAGCAACUUUGAGGUGGAAGCAAGCUGUCUGUUUGUCCAUCAUGAAAGAGACGGCAGCAAUAAUGAUCGUCUUAUCAGGACUGUGUCUUCUAGCUUCCUGUUUUCCUCGUCUCUACAUCCUUGUGGAAAAGCCAUCGACCUGGGAUAAAGCUCAGAGCUACUGCAGGGAAAAGUACACCGACCUGGCCUCUGUGCAUAAUGAGCGAGACUUGGCUAAGCUCAAUACACUUAUAGAAAAUAAUUCCAGCGUCUGGAUCGGACUGAAACCUGUCACUAAGGCAUGGACGUGGUCUCUGCAAAACCAGAGUUACUAUGGUGACGGAGAGGCUGAUUUCAGGGUGUGGGCUGUUGGUGAACCCAGUGCACCUCAAUACUACACACUUUGUGUGUCUAUGGGGGGUGACGGGCAUUGGAAAGAUGAGUUGUGUGAAGCAAAGUUCACCUUCCUCUGCUGCAACAAAAGCGCAGAGAACACUUCAUCAAGCUUCAUCUUUGUGAAUGAGUCCAAGACCUGGAAGGCGGCUCAGAGCUACUGCAGGCAGCACUACACUGACCUGGCCAGUGUGAGGAACCAAUCUGAGAAUGACCUGAUGAAGGACAAAGUGCCAAGUGGACAUCAAAUGUGGAUCGGCCUCUACAGAGACACAUGGAGCUGGUCAGAUGGGAGCGUACAUUCUUUCACUAACUGGGCUCCCAGUUCACCAUCCAUCUCAACUGAACACUCUUGUGCCUUUUCAAAGUUGGGCAAAUGGUAUAAUCUUAACUGCAGCAUCGAGCUGAACUUUGUAUGUUACACUGCUCCUGCAAUGAAGAGGCAGGUGGUGAAGGUGGUGCUGAAGAAAAAACACGGCCCCUCUGUGGACAUGGACAAGCUGAAGGAAGACAUCUUGGAAGGGUUUAACAAGAGACUCAAGGAUCGUGGCCUGAAUGAAGACGUUGAGCUGAGAUGGGUGAAGCAGCCUGAUGGGAAGAUCUUCCACAAGGAAGAAAAAGAGAAGAUGGAGGAGAAGAGUUGUGACAGGGAUACUAACAAAUUAUUGAAGUGAAUGGACAAAUGCAAUUAAAUUCACAAAAGAUGAUUGAUUUUUGAUCCUGUAUAGCUAAGCUUGUGUUUUUCAUGCUAUUACACUCCAUUCAAUUUAGAUGCACUGACACAUUAAGUUGUAGGAUCAGCUUCUAAUAUUGUAACACACACACACACACACACACACACACACACACACACACACACACACACACACACACACACAUGCACACACACAGGGUUUAAUUGAUAACUGCAUUAAUCACUGCUUCAAUGUGUUUGUCUUGGUUUUAUUUCCAUGGUUAUUCUGCAUUACUCUUUAAUGUGAGUCACUUGUGCUCAUUAGUGUAGUGAUAUAUAAUGAUUAUGAUAAUGAUUACAAUGGUUAUGAUCAUUAAGAAAGUAAAAUGUAUGGAGGCUGUAACUACAGAUUAAUAAAACAAUGAUAAAAUAA